AUGUCGGCGGCGGCGGCGGCGGGCUGGCAGGCGCCGUGGCGGGCGCUGGGCGCGCUGGGCCGGGAGCUGGCGGCCGAGUGGGCGGCGCAGGACGUGCGGGCCGCGCUGUGCCAGCUGCUGCUGCUCUGGCUGGGCCUCAGCCUGCUGGGCGUCCGCCUGGCCUGGCGCGCCUACGGCGGGGCGGUGGCCGCGCUCUGCUACCGGACGGGGCCCGCCGCCCGCCGGCCUCCCGGCACCGGCACCGGCCUGGGCCCCGGCCCCGCCUCCGGCCCCGGCCCCGCGCCCGCCCGGCCCCGCGCGCACUCCCUCUCCCCCGCCGGCCCGGCCGGACGCAACGGCGCCGCCGAGCGGCACUGCCCGCCCCGAGAGGGCCUGGCCGCAGAGCCGGCGAAGACGCACCGGGAGUGA